AUGCCGAACACAGACUGUGUAGAGGUUCAAAAGAUCGUCCCGGGCAGAUUUUACCCGAAGGACUCGGACGGCUACAAGACUUCGGUUGACAACUACUGGUCCAAGCCCGCUAGCGAACAGCGACCAGCUUGUAUCGUCAGGCCAUUGAAUGCCGAAGAAGUCGCCAUUAUAGUUCGAGUACUCAACGCAAGAUACGAGGAAAGAAGCCAUGCUGAUCGCAACGUACCGUUCUUUGCAGUACGAAGUGGCGGCCACUCGCCUGAGGCUGGCUUCGCUAACAUCGAAGGUGGUGUGCUCCUCGAUCUGAGUCUGCUCAACGAUGUCGCAGUAUCGCAAGACAAUAAAGUCACAUCUAUUGGUGUGGGUGCACGAUGGGGCGAAGUAUCGACAAAGUUAGAUAGCAUGGGCCUCGCUAUCGUUGGGGGCAGGAACAGUGAUGUCGGCGUAGGAGGACUCGUACUUGGCGGAGGCAUCUCUUUCUUCUCGCCGCGCUUCGGCAUGGUCUGCGACAACAUCGAUUCGUACGACAUUGUUCUGGCGAACGGUACUAUUGCUCACGCCACGGCAUUUGAGCACUCUGAUCUGUGGCGUGCACUGAAGGGCGGAAGUGGGAACUUCGGCAUUGUAACCAGUAUUGUAGCUCGCACCUUUGUUGCUGGCGAUGUGUGGGCUGGUUAUGGCUACUGGCCUCACUGGCAAGCACAGAAGAUACUAAAAGCUUUCGUCGACUUCAAUCAGCCUGCGAACUUCGACGAGUAUGCGGCAGGGCCUAUCGUGGCUUUCGUGUACAUCCCGAGCAUAGGUCUCAGGCUUAUCGCUAGUAGCCUGGUGUACACAAGACCAGAGCCUUGGCCUCGAGUAUUCAACGACUUCAACAGAUUGUGGCGAUACUGGAGCACUGCAAAGGUACGUCCACUUACCGAUGCGACCGACGAACUACAUAGAGCUUCUCCACGAGGCGCUCGGCAGUUUCAAGUCACCACCACGGUUGUGAACGAUCUCGACACUCUGACAACGUUCCACGAGAUCUUUGUUGAAAUGUCAAAAGUACUCAAGAAUAUCCCAAGAUCAUCUUUCACUUUCACUAUCCAACCACUGUCAGCCGCCGUCACGCACAAGGGCAGCCCCAAUGUUCUUGGACUGGAGGAAAGGCUAAGAGAUCAGCCGCUGAUUAUCAUCUUGCUCGUCUGGGUCUCCACGAGGCCUGAAGAUGACGAGAUCACCCAGCGGGUGGCGAGAGACAUCAUUGGCCAGGGCGAAGUGUAUGCGAAAAGGCACAAUACCGCAGAUCCGUAUCGAUACUUGAAUUAUGCUGCCAGUGGACAAGAGCCUUUCUUUGGUGACGGGUAUGAAAAUCUCGCCUUCAUGCGGGAUGUCAGUCGCAUAUAUGAUCCGCAGGCGUUCUUCCAGAGAGCUAAGCGGGGCGGGUUCAAGCUAGGAAUUGACGAUGGAUUUGCGACUCAGUCGUCCAUGGAGAGGCUCUGA